AUGCCUUCUAAUCUCCUCUCGUACUCUGCUUCUUUUAAUCAACAGUCCGCGAAGAAAGACGCACAACAGCACCAAUCUUGGGACCGCAGAUUUGCUUGGGACUUUUACGAUCCCAUCAUGGACCCUUUUGAUGACAAUAUCGAUUCAUUCGAAGUACCACCAUCGUACGACUCCCUCCGCCGUGGCACAACCACACAUAAAACUCCUUCAGAUUUGGCGCUCAUACCUGCCGACCGCUUCUUCGCCGAACCAUGCCUACCACCAGUAUUGAACUACUUUGUACGCGUUGAGGACAUUCCCACGCCAUGGAAGCUGCUCACAGGCCCAUCAAUGACGAACGCGACACUACAUCACAACCCAGACCCUCUGCGAAAGAAGCGCUACAGGGUCAUAUACCCACCACAGUACGAAGACGUGUACCUCCACAAAACCACAUGGGCCGCAAACACAGACAGUCUCCCGCGCUACUACGUCGAACUGCUCGGCAACACACGCUACGAGCCCGAACCGAUCGCCAUCCUCGGCCCAACAGACCACGACGACUCCCUCACGAACGAAGCCAAAAACGUCGCCAUAGCCCACGCGCCCAAAGUCCUCUCGCGCGUCGAGGACAGCGUCACGCAGACGCGACGAUUCGCAGUGUUCUGCGAGAUGGAGUACUUUAGCUGGGACUGGGAUUGCAAGACGGCUGCCGCAAAGGGAGAUAUGAAGGCGCUGAUAGGCAAGGCGAAGAAGCAGUGCUGUCGGACGGUGCGGCUGGUGGAGAAGCUGGAGAAGUAUCUGGAAUAUGUUGGAAAGAAAGAGGAAUAUGCGAAAGUCGUGCGCGACAUGGGAAAGAGCAUUCUGGAGGCGAAUAUCAGGCUGGCGCGAUUGCGGCUUUGA